AUGGCUCUGCCCAGAGCCUCAGUGAGUGUCUCUCCUCAGGGUCUCCUCUACCCUGGAGAUACAGUCAGUCUGCAGUGUGUCAUACCAGACUACACAGACUGGACGUACCUCUGGUUCAGAGACCAUAAUAGUCGUCCGACAGCUACACUGAAUUCUGACAAAGAGGACGUGUUCACAGGAGACAGUGUGACACUGAGUUCUGACAAAAAGGACGUGUUCACAGGAGACAGUGUGACACUGAGCUCUGGGUCAGUGACUGAUGGAGGACAGUACUUGUGCAGAGCUGGGAGAGGAGACCCAGUCUACUACACCCUGUACAGUGACCCAGUCCAGAUUAACAUUACUGAAAGACCUGUUGCUGUUCUGACCCUCCAACCCAACUGGACCCAGAUAUUCAUUAGAGAGACUGUCACUAUGAGAUGUGACAUACAGGGAGGAGGAGACUCUGACUGGAAAUACAGAUUGUAUAAGAAUAGUCAGUUAUUGAUCCCCUUUAACACAAAGCCUGAGUACAGAAUCAGUCCUGUCUACAGGUCUAACAGUGGUUCAUAUACCUGUGUGGGUGUAAAGGGAAACAAGAUCUCCAAGAUCAGUGAUGCUGUACAACUGACUGUGUCUGAUCAACCCAAGGCUGUCCUGAGUAUCUCUCCUCAGUGGCUGAACCCUGGAGCCUCUGUGAUUCUGAGCUGUGGGGUUAAAGAGUUGUCUACAGACUGGAGGUUCUCCUGGUACAGGACUGUUCCCUACAGAGCUGGGUUACCCUCCCUAUCAGACAAGUCUUACUCUCUACAGCCCCUAUCUGACAAUGUGACUAGUGAAGACUCCUACACUCUGAUCCCUGCUGGUCCUACUCCUACAGGAGGAUAUGUGUGUAGCGCUGGGAGAGGAGACCCAGUCUAUGACACACUCUACAGUGAACCUCAGUUUCUCUGGUCAGGAGAUCUGCAGCCUUCAGUGUCUCUUACAGUAAAUCCCAACAGAACUCAGCAUUUUAUAUCAAAGUCUCUCUCACUGAGCUGUGAGCUGAAGGGGAACUCUACUGGAUGGAGACUGAAGAGAUACACAGAGACAGCAUGGACAUCAGAGUGUCCAUCUACCUGGAGAUCAAUAACAGAAUCCACCUGCACAGUCACAUCAUUGGACACAUGGUACAGUGGAGUGUUCUGGUGUGAGUCUGGAUCAGGAGAGUACAGUAAUGCUGUCAACAUCACAGUGAACGAUGGUGAUGUGAUCCUGGAGAGCCCUGUCCAUCCUGUGACUGAAGGAGACUCUGUGACUCUGAGCUGUACAUUUAGAUAUCAGGAAACAAAUCCUAAACCCAAGACUGAUUUCUACAAAUAUGGAACACUCAUCAAGAAUGAGACCACAGGAGAGAUGACCAUCCCUACAGUAUCCAAGUCAGAUGAAGGAUUCUAUAAGUGUAAAUCUGGUCAAGGAGAAUCACCAGAGAGCUGGGUGACAGUGAGAGUCUCUCCAGUCUCUCCAGUCGUAGCUCCUGGAUCCUCUACAUCAGUCCUAGUAGGAGUGGUUGUGGGUCUGCUUGUUGCUGGUGUUCUACUGGUCAUUCUCCUGGUCCUGCUUGUUCGAUAUAAAAACAGCAAAGGUUCCUGUUUCAACAGAAUAUUCUGGCCCCCUCAGCCCCAGAGAACCAACCAGGACCCCCAACAGGACCAAGGAUCUACCCAGGGCCAAGCUCCUGAUACUGUGUAUACACAUCAGCAGCAUGGUGAUGCUAACAUCUACGAUACGAUCAACCCCUCAGACAACAAUGAUAAUGAUGCUGCUGGUGCUUCUGCUGCUGGACCAAGUCAUGUGACUUACGCCCAGAUUCCACUGAAAAAGUUGGACAAGAAAAAGAAAGAAAAGCUAGCUGAUCCAGCUAAAAGUCCAGUCUACUCUGUGGUGAAAACAGGGAAAGCCACAGCAGCAGCUGGACCUGUUGAUGUCACCUAUGCUGAGGUGGGCCUCAAAAACAAGGCCAAAGCCAAGAAGAAGAGAGAAACAGCAACCCCACCUGAGGCAGAUUCAGUCUAUUCUCAAGUAAAGCCAUGCACAGCCCCCGCAGCUGGACCUGUUGAUGUCACCUAUGCUGAGGUUGACCUCCAAAAGAGGGCCAAAGCUAAGAAGAAGAGAGAAACACCAACCCCACCAGAGACCGAUUCAGUCUAUUCUCUAGUGAAUCCAUACACUGACCACGCAGCUGGACCUGUUGAUGUGACCUAUGCUGAGGUUGACCUCCAAAAGAGUGUCAAAGCCAAGAAGAAGAGAGAAACAGCAACCCCACCAGAGGCAGAUUCAGUCUAUUCUCAAUUGAAGCCACGGUCAUGCCACGGUCCUUGAGGUGUGCUCGCAUCCGAGCCGUAUGGCGCUACAGAGGUGGUAGU